CAAAAUAAGACCCAGCUACUCUGAUCUCUCUCUCUCUCUCUCUCUCUCUCUCUACGCAUAUCGUCUUUAUCAAGCAAAGAAGGCAUCAAACUGCUGAAAAACCAAGCUAAAAAGAUGUUGCUGAAACCCCUUCAACAGAAAAACUCCAUUAAUGACAUAUCAAUCAUUCUCUUUCCUAACCUUUCUUCUCUUGUUCUUCUUCUUCUCUUCUUUUUCCUCUUCUCUGCAAUAAUCCCUUUCUCCCUCGCCUACCAACCUCACAGAUUCAUCUAUGGAGGUUGCUCCCAAGACAAAUACCAACCCAACUCAGACUUCGAGUCUAGCCUCACUUCCUUCCUCUCUUCAGUCUCAAGUUCUUCAUCUCAAUCCACUUACAAUAGCUUCGCCAUUGGAAACUCCACUUCAAGCUCUUCAGAUUCCACCAUUUUUGGCUUAUAUCAGUGUAGGGGUGACCUACAACUAAAGGAUUGUUCAAAGUGUAUCGCAAGUUGUAUUAAUCAGAUAGGCAUAAUUUGCCCUUAUGCUACUGGAGCUUCUUUACAGCUUGAAGGAUGUUAUAUCAGAUACGAGCACUUUGAUUUUUUAGGGAAGCCUGAUACGAACGUGAGGUUCAAGAAGUGCAGCAGGUCGUCGGCGACCGACAGCGAGUUUUACCGGCGCCGGGACGACGUGCUGGCUGAGCUCCAGGCAGCGUCCGGGUUUCGGGUUAGCAAGUCAGGUUUUGUGGAAGGGUUUGCUCAGUGCUUAGGGGAUUUGAGUUCGGAGGAUUGUUCGUCUUGCCUUGCGGAUGCAGUAGGGAAGUUGAAGAGCUUGUGUGGAUCUGCUGGUGCGGCGGAUGUGUUCUUGGGACAAUGCUAUGUUAGAUACUGGGCUUCUGGCUACUACAAUGAACCGGAUUCCUCUCACAAUGACCAGGUGGGGAAAUCUGUAGCUAUCAUUGUGGGAGUACUAGCAGGUCUUGCCAUUUUAAUUGUUCUUCUCUCAAUCUGCAGAAAAGCCAUGGAUUAAAAGGAAGCAAGGAGAAGGUUGAGUCUCAAAGAAGGGGCGUAAUCAUUAUGAAAGGUCCACAAAUUUUUCCUUUUGGGCUAACAUUUGUCACAGCCCUCUGCUGCUAUUAGUCAAAUUUAAUUAAUACAUUAUUAUUAUAUGUUUCUCCCACCAGAAAUUGGGCUUAUCUUCCGAAAUUCAUCAACUUCAAAAGGGCUGCAGAUUUUCCUUCUGUUUAAGCUAAGGGAAGAACUGUAGUUUUAACA